GCUUACCUCAUCCCGCCAUUUCCCUCGUUUUCCCGCGCCUGAGGGGAUCUAAGCCAGAACUUCGUUGUGCCUCGCACUCCAGCGUACCAACCACCACCCAUCUCACCUCUUGGCAUCAAGCCCAGCCCGAAUCUAGAAAGAGCGCCUUUUCAUCGGCUGCUGCUUUAUCUGACAAGGUGCUUCGCUGACCGAUAAUCUCACCUCAGCUAUCUCAGCUGAACCCUCGCCGACUAUUGCACGCUGCGUCUUGUGGCCUCGCUCAGCCAGAGGUCCUGUCGUGCUUUCUGGUGGGUUAGUACUUUUUUUUUAAGCCUAUAAGCUUCUCGAGAUUUCGUCCACCCAGGUUUUCAUUGUCAGUCAAAGGUCCAUCCUCUUCCGGCUCUCCUCCCAUCUCCAGCAACCCGCUCCGCUCCACCAGAUCCCUCUAGUUAAGCCCCUCCUCUCCGGGAAUCCCGCUCACUAGCAGCCAUGGCUCUCUCGCACUCGAGUCUUGUUCUUAAUCUCAUACCCGCCAGUAUCUUAACCGACGCCGCAUCUGCCGGCGGUCCGCCAUCCGCCUCGUCCAACCCGUCAGGCCGACUACUACCUUCCGCCACCAUUUCUACUCUGCGCCACGCGUCAUCACCAUCGCAAGCCUUCUCCGCCGCCUCACACAAUGCCGGGAUGUCGCUAUUCCCCUCGCCCCUCCACUCCCUCCACCACACGUCCCUUCCGCGUAUCACCUCCGCCGCGCCUGCGCCAGCGUUACUCUCUGCGCACGCGCGCGCCAUCCUUCCCCAGGCCUCUCAAGCUUCUCAAGCGGCGGCUCAACCCGCGCAACCUUCCGCCGGGUCUCAGUCGUUCUACGACGCGUGGGUGGCGGAUGUGAAUGGCAAGGGGAGCACCUGCAGCAGCAGCGACAGCAGCGGCGACAGAUCCGCGACGUUAAGCGGCAGCGCGAGAGGAUCUCCGCUUAAACUGCGGAGCGCGCAGGUUCUUUCCGACCUGAGAAAGGCCUCCGCCACCGUCGCGGUGUCCACCGCGUUCGCGCUAUCCGCUGGCUGCUGCGAGCCAGGCGGCGCGCUCGCGCUGGAUCAACUCCCCCCGCCGGUUCCCCCGUCAUCAGAUCAGGUUGCGGUUUCGACGACCAGUGGCGCAAUGAAAUCAGCUCUUUUCGUUGACGAUUUCAUCUCUCAACUGGAGUCUAUCCCUCCCGCUCCCGCACCUGCCACGUCAGCAUCCCCCACCCCGGCGUCUUUAACGCGCCAGAUGUCUCUGACCUCAUCCGGAUCUUCUGUCAGAGUGGUCUCGCCCGAGGCGCAGGAGGAGGCGAAGGCGCUCCUGGUGCGGCAGCUGGAGGAGCAGGAUAGGCUGAGGAAGGAGGAGGAGCGGAUGUGCGACGCGGUUCUGUCGCCCGUCAAGCAGGGGAUCCCAGCCCCCCAAUCGGCCUCCUCGGGUCGCUCGCGUUCCGUGACUUGGGCCGACUGCGCUGCGGACUUCCCUGCUGACGUCAUGGUGCCGCUAUCCCUGUCGCCCGGCGGAAGCUUCAGCGGAUCCGGCGGCGCCGGCGACGGCAGCGGAAGCGGAAUGCGCAACAGCAGCGGGUCAAUCGUGGCGGAGCCCGCGGUGUAUGUGGGCCCGGUGGGGGGAGGCGCGGCGGCGGCUUCCACCGCCAUGGGCGGAGUUGUGACGGGCGGCCCGAUCGCGGCGACGGAGGUGUCGUUCGCGGGAGCCGCGGCGGCGAGUCUGACUCUGGAAAGCGCCGCCGCUGCUGCCAUAGCGGGGUCCUCUGGAGGUCUCUCCGCGAAGCUCGCGGCGAUCAUGGGCCAGUCGGUACAGCACUUCGGCGUGGGCGGAGUGGCGGGCGCGGUGGGCGCGGCGGCCGUGUACCCGCUCGACACUAUCAAAACGCGGAUGCAGGCGCAGCGCAAGGUCAAAGAUUCGGACGACGAGGGGGAGUCCGGGGGCGUAGGAGAUAGAGACUCGGCGGCGGAUCUGACCGGCGCAAGCGGCCAACAAAUGCGAUCCGCAUCCGGAUCGGGAGCGGAGUCUGCGCAAGCGCAAGCGCAGGCGCAGUACCGCGACGAGUGGGACUGCUUCCUCCGCAUGGUGCGCGAGGAGGGCCCCGGCGCGCUCUACUCCGGGCUCGGCGCGCAGCUCGUCGGAAUCGCGCCGGAGAAGGCGAUUAAGCUUACUGUGAACGAGGUGCUACUGACGCUGCUCGAGUCGACGAUCCCUGGCGCGCGUCUGUGGGUUCUCGAGAUUAUCGCUGGCGGCGGAGGCGGAUUCUGCCAGGUGGUGUUCACGAACCCCGUGGAAAUCGUCAAAGUUCGCAUGCAGGCGCGGAAAAAGACGACGACGGCGGGUGGCGGAAGCGCGUCGUCCAGCGAUUCGGAAGCGGAAGGCGCGGUCUCGUUAGCCGGCGGAGCGAGCGGAGCGGUAGCAGCGGAGGGGGGGAAGCAGCAGCAGCAGCAGCAGGGGGGGAAGACGUCGUGGCAGGUGGUUCAGGAGUUGGGAAUUCGCGGGCUGUACAGCGGCUCUAGCGUGACUCUCGCGCGCGACGUGCCGUCCACCGCGCUCUUCUUCGCGUGCUACGCGGCGCUGAAGCAAGUCAUGCCGGACCAGACGUUCGUCGACGGGUGCCUGGCCGCGGUCCCCGCCGCGUAUCUCGUGACGCCGAUGGAUGUGGUUAAAACUCGGAUGCAAAUGGAGCCGGAGGAAGGAAAGGAGGCGUAUGCGAACGCGUGGGUUUGCGUGAAGGAGAUUGUGGAGGAGGAGGGGCUCGGCGCGCUGUUUAAGGGCGGGAUUGCCCGCGUGCUGCGCAUGAGUCCGCAGUUUGGGAUUACGCUCAUGCUGUACGACAUGCUGUCGCAGUAACGCGGUUAUGCAGUAACGGAGCAACGCAGUAACGCAGUACCGAGUAUCUCUCACUCUCACGCGCCCUCUCCCCCGACCUCUCACCCGCCCUCCCACACGUGACCGCCCUCCCCCAUGCGCGUUGUCUAGAGCCAUGCAACCCCAGCGGCUAGAGCACCAGCCGACUGCUUCCUUCCAUCACGUCACACGUGGCCUACCUUUUCCAGUGGCUCACCCUCUUCACUUCACCCCCCUCGCCAACCCCACCACCCCCAACGGCAACCCCACCACCAUCACCACCCCCAACGCCACCUCCACCACCCCCGCCAUCACCAUCGCCACCACCACUGCUGCUGUCGCCGCCGCCACAACUGCACAAAGAUCUCCAUUCAUUCUACCCUUCCGCACACCAACUCCGCCGUCCGCGGUCAAUGGCCAUCCUUCGCUCACUCGCCCGUCCAUCCACCCUCCCCCCCUCCCAUCCACCCACCCAUCAUCCAACCUUCCACGGGUCCCUUCUCUAUCCUAUUGUUGAGUACCAACAACCCGUGUAGCACUUCUCGACAGCCAUUCCUUCUGCCAUUUCUUCCACUUUCCUUCGUAUGUACACAGAUGUAAUACAGCCCUUUGACUGAGCCAUCCCCUGCUGUCGGGCGGACAGUAAGCAGGGCAGGCUGAAUACGGGGGCCAUGCAGGUGCACACAUCCAUACAUACCAUACCAGUACCACACUCUGCAAGGAGCUGUUGUCAGCCUAGUGGCAUCCGUUCAUCCUUCCGUUCCUGCUGACUCAGCUCAAGAGUACUGGUAGCUAUAUACAGCAACAGCCGCAGCAACAACGGCACCAGUGGCAGCAGUAAUGAUUGGUUCAGCCUGUAUGGAGAGACUGGGAUAUGGGUAGCAACAGUUGGGUAGGAUGAUGCGUUUUCUAUUAUCUUGGGAAAUGAGGCCAGAGUAGGCAAGCUUUUUACUUUUUUUUUUUCGUUUUCUUAUUUUCUGACUCCCAUUGCUUGCUGUGAUUCAGUUGCGUGCUCUGUGUCAUGAGGUGCAUUAUUUACAGAUACCGUGUGAUAUUAACAUUUUGCUGUGAUUCAGUUGCGUGCUCUGUGCC